AGGGAAGCCGUUUAUGCCUGAGCCAUAUCAAACACGAAUGACAGAAAAUGUACAAGUAGAACGCUUACAAACAGAUGAAAAAGGUUCAUGGCGUCAGUGCUUUAGACACUCGAGAAAUUUCGAAAAUGAUGCAAAAAGGUUGCUCUUGGAAGGAACUUUGCCGGAUCAUAGCUUGUUUCAAAACAUCUGUAAAGAAUACGGCCGAAAGUCUGAAAUUGUUCGAAUCAUUAGCAAUGGUAUAUGUCAAAACAUUAAAGAGCAGUCAAAUAAUAUUGUCAAUGUUUGGCCAGCUUAUCAACAUAAACACGGUAUGGAUUGCAGUGAGGAUCAAAUCGUUUUUGUUGUUAUUACAGACAGGGAUGCAAAUAUUCAGUCAGAUUAUCAAAUAUGUCAAAGACAUCUAAAUGAAAUUUCAUCGGUGAGCGAGAACGAAAAUAAACGUAUACAUGACAACGAAAAGUUAUAUGAUUUGAGGAGUGACGAUUUAGCAUUAUAUGUAAAAUCAAAAGCUAAACAUUUAAUGGAAAAGCAUAAAAAACUUACAUGGGUAACCGUAAGUGUAAUAAAAUCUAGUGGACUUGAUAUGGACGAUCAGAGGAUGGUGAAAUUACCAUGUAUAGCUCUUUACGUUCAAAUCAAAGGACUUAUUCCAAUCGAUGAAGAUCCAUUUGAACAAUUUCUUGAUGGUUACCCUACUGAUGUCCGAGAAGGUGUUUUUUCGCUGUAUGGAUUACCCACAGAUGAUUUCCAUCAACACGUAAGAAUGGGUUGCGCAUUAGACAGUGGGUUUGGAACGAAGCAAGGAACAGUAGGCCCGUUUCUCAAAUAUCCGACUGACUUGCAUACUUACCUCUUAACCAGUGCUCAUGUUCUACUUGACCCAGAACAAAUGAAGAAACUUAUCGUAGACACCAAUGUUAACUAUGGAAAGUUUGGUACCGACACUUACCAGCCACCGGAAAGUAUAUCAGUCGAACAUAACUCUCGCCAUCGUCUUGGUAAAUUAGAGUUCGCUGUUUACAGGGAAGGUCGUCAAUACAAACCUGGAAUGGAAGUUGCACUGGUUAGAAUCGACAACCAACGUGUUCCAGUAGACGGGAAAUUUCCUACAAAUGAAACCAUAGAUGGUUAUAUAUUAUCUUUGGACAAUAUUGACAUCUAUUCAAAACAAUUAAAUGGCCAAGAUGUUUACAAAUACGGGUCAAAGACUGGACUAACCAAAGGAAAAGUUCGAUUUAAUGGCGGUUCCGUGCGUACUGGUGUAUUAAAGGAUCAUUUUCUUGGAAUGGACUUGACACUGUAUGAACAAAUCGAGAUAGAAUCUGCUGAUGGUGGUCCAUUUGGUGAGCCAGGAGAUUCAGGGGCACUUGUCUUUACAAAAAGCGAAGACAGAUUGUUUGUAGUUGGGAUAGUUGAAGGGGGAAUUGGCAAUACCUGUAUGGUUACACCAAUUCGUGAUAUAAUUGACGUAUUAAGUGAGUUCAUUUCACUCUACAGGGAUCCACCCACUGAUACAUGUAUGGACUUCGAAGAACAGACUUCCAAUAUAACUUUAAAGUUAUAUCAGGUUCGUUUAAACAAUACAUCUCAAUCCGCCGGAAUUAAUCGUCGUAUUCCCGCAGAUAUUAUGAGACACACAGCUGAAAUACAAGCAAAUAUCCUGGACAAUACCGAACACAAGUUUGAUUCCGUUAAAUCAGAAUUAACAGCAAUUAAGGUGCAUUUUGAUACUAAAAUAGAUAAAAUAGAAAACUCAAAUCGAGAAAUCAUAGAAAGUUUAAAGGCACUUUCACAGACUGUUAAAAAUAGCUAUAACGCGUCAGCGCCCAAUACGGAAAAAUAAUAUUUUGACAAAAUUCUGACUGUCCGAUAUUAAGAAAAUGAUUUUAGCCAGUUGUAUAUCCGUGACAUCACUUGUCCAAUGUUAUUUCAGUUAUUGAGUUGCAUUAUUUUCAGUUUUCAUUUUUAAUAACCUUUCACUAACGGUUUAAGUAAAAUGCAUAUGUAUAUUUCUAGCAGUAUUGUUGAUUUCAUUUUUUUUGACAAAUACAACAUUUUAAUAUUAUAUUGACUAACUAGUUACAUUACUGCAUAUUCAUGCCCUAACUAUCUCCCAUUUUGACACUUUAAUAUGUGAAUACAUAUAUAUUUUGAUGGCAACUUAUUUACAAUCUUUUGAGACUUGGUAUUCGCAAGACUGUCUUUAUGAGAUCCGGUUUAUGAUUGCGUAUUUUUAUUUACUUCAAUUAACAGCGUAUUUUUAUUUACUUCAAUUAACAGCCAGUACGUGCAUUGCUCUUAUGCCCCCUCUCAGGGCUCUAGUACACCUGAUAACAAAGCGCUCAAGGUGUGCUUUUGAGAUCAUCGUCUUUCAGUUCGUCCGUUGUAGACUUUUUCAUUUGACUUCUCCUUUGAAACCGGUUGGUCGAAUGUUGUAAAAAUUUCCCUGGGAUGUUCCUAGCUUUAGGUUCUACUAAAAGUAUGCAAAUGGUUCUUCUUCAUCAAUGAGUAAAAUAUUUAAUAUGUAAACUAGACGGGAUACAUAUUAACGGUGAUCCGGUGUUGUGUAGAUGUGUUUUGACGAUGCGUUCAUUGAAUGUCACCCUUCUUUGUUGAUCUUUGUUUUUCUAGUAAAUAAACUUCGUAAUAUCUAGGGUCAUGGUACUUUUUCAGCUGCUUGUAACACACUUAUCUGACCAUGAUAUUAUGAUUUUUUAUUUAGGACAGACUGAAUGAAUUUUAUUGUUUCUGGUUCAACACUUUUAAAGUUGUACAUGCUUUUCUAUUUUCGUUGUAAUUGAUGGGCCUAGUAGGAGACUAUGAUAGGCAGUUUUUUAAAUUAUUUGAAACUGAAUUGCCUUAUUUUUCGUUCUAUGCCUAUCUCUAAUUGAUGAAUUUCGCGCUGCUUAGCCUUUCUGUCAGACAUUUAGGGAAAGGAAAAACUGUAAAAGGCAUAUCAAGAUACGAGGAUCAAGAUACAUAAACAAAAAAAAAAAACAAUUCCCCUUCCUUACAAGAACUCCUUUGAAAUAUGGUAGAAUGUCACAAUGGAAUGUAACUGUAAUUUACCCAUAUUGCAUGAAUGUUUGAGCAAAAUAUGAGUUUGUUUGUUAAAAUUCCUUUUAUGCAUUUAUUUUACUGUGAGAAAAAAUAUUCAAACGCAAUUUUAAUACAUAUAAAGACAAAAAUUGUCGUAAUUAUUUUUAAUCUCCGUUACACAAAUGGAGUUUGGCUACACUGAGUGGGACAUUGGCAUUCACAAACUUUAUUUAUAUCUUUAUAUAAGAUCUGUUGUGAUAUCAUGUUAUGAAGAAAUAUAGUGCACAAACUAUUUUAUGAUCAAAUAUCAUGAUGUUUAGGUUUGACGUUAUUCUUAUUAUCAAGAAAGUAUAUGUAUAUGAUGGGUCCUAUCAUUAAGGUAACUAUGUCUUAGUUUGAGCUGACAAACCUUCAAAAGAAGACCGUAGAACUUUUUCAUACAACAACAUGUAUCUGAACUUCUGUAAGCAUCCAAUA